ACCGCCAGCGUACGCUAUGAAUUACACAGCGCGCUUGACCGCGCAGCCUGGCCUGGCAACUACUCAGCUUCGAGACGCGUCGCAGUCAAACGUCGCGUCGAUCGUUGAUCGUCUUUUGAAACAUUCAUCAAAACGGCGGCGAGUCGAACUUGCAAGGCUCCAAAACCGUAACGCGAAAUUCAGUUGACUCAAAAGUGGUGUCGGAUGUGGAAGUGAAUUUUGAAAACUUCUACAAAAAGAAAAACAAAUAAUUUUGUGAACCGUUGAAAUUCAAAAACCGAAUUUAAGCUGCUACAUUCUCGUGUGUGGCAGAGUAGAAUAAAGCGCCGCUUUUAAAGGAAAAUUCUCACACAAGGCAAUUUAGUUUGCAUUUGCAGUAACCAGCCACAAGCAAUCUCAGUCAGUCACACACAGCGCACUUACUGCAAAUAUGUCCAACGCCGUAAAUAGCGAGGAAGCGUUCAAUAUACGCGUGAAUUACUUGCAGCCCGAAACAGUGGAAAUUGCCAAAAAUGAGCUACGCGAAACACCCGAGAUGAAGGAGGCCGCGAUCAAGGAGCUGCGCGAACUCUUACAUGCUGCCACAGAUAUAAACUACAAGGAUGAUGAUGAAUUUCUGGUGAUAUUUCUGCGCGCUUGCCACUUCUAUCCACAAAGUGCACUCGAAAAGAUGCGCUCCACAGCCGCCUUCCGCAAAGAUAAUGCCGCCCUUGUGCACGGCCUAGUCAUCGAACAGCUAAAAGAUAAAUUCAUACAAUAUGGCAUUGUGAAUGUUUUAAAGAAUUGCGAUCAACUGGGACGUCGUAUUUUGAUUGUGAAUUGCGGUGAACUGUGGGAUCCCAAUUCCGUGCCUUCAGAUGAUGUCUUCCGUAUGUUGUAUAUGAUACAUAUUGCCGCACAAUUGGAACCAGAAACACAAGUGCGUGGCGUUGUUUGUGUAAUGGACUUUGAUGGCCUCUCAAUGAAGCAGGUGAAAGCGUUAACACCAAGUUUCUCGAAACGUUUGCUCACCUUCAUACAGGAUGCGAUGCCGUUGCGCAUGAAAGAAGUACAUUUUGUUAAGCAGCCAUUCAUUUUUAAAAUGGUGUGGGCACUUUUCAAGCCAUUCGUACGCGAGAAGCUCAAUAAAAGGAUGCACUUCCACGGCGGCGACAUGAAGUCCCUGCAGAAAUUCCUCUCACCCGAAAUCCUGCCCGAAAACUACAAAGGCACACAGCCGAAAAUCGAUUAUGGCGGUGCCGAUUGGUUUCCAGCAGUCGAAAAGCAUACCGAUUUCGUGCGCGAAUGGUCCGAGCUGGGUCCAGCGCAAUGGUAAAUGCAUCACAACGCGCUUGGCAACCAACAAAUUGCUACAACCAAAGGCUGUACAUUCCUUCUCUCUAAUUGAAAAGCCCAAUUACUUGGAACGCUUGAAGAACAAAAAAGAAAGCACAAUAUACUAUGUAGUUUUUAACAAAACAAAAAAAGACCCAAGAAUUAUAAGACACUUUUACAUACAAACACUAUCGCGUCUUUCACCUAGUUCGUAAGCAUUUAAACAACAUUUUUUAUUUCUAGUUUAUUUUAGUGCUAAUAAAUGAAGAAAUGCAAACAAAUCAUUCUCCAUUUGUCUAUUUUUCCCUUCAUUUUUAUUUCAUUUCUCAUUUCUCUACACUUGUAUGGAUUAUUUGUUUAAAUUACAACAACAACGCUACCUUCCACAUACGCGCUUGGAACCAAUAAAUGUGACAAGUUCUUAUUAA